AUUUCGACUUUUCGGCGUGUUCGUUAUUAACGGGAGCCCCACUUCGCUUUUUUUGGAGGCCUCUUCGCUGGUUCGCGGGGCUCCAUUGGCGCUGAGUGGAUGAUUUUAUGCUGUAUGCGCAGCGCACUUGAUGGCAAUUGUUGCCAUUGUUUUAGUUGUUGUCUGUGGAAUCGGAUGUUUACUGUCUCUUUCACACAGCGGUAAAAUGUGUGUGCGAGUGUGGUCCGUUCCGUUUGCCCGUCGUUCAUUGAUUUCCUAAUUAAGUUUAUAAUUAAAAUUAAUUGAAAAAUUACCCACAUAUGUACUUUCAUACAUGUGUGCGGCUGACAUGUACAGACAUGUAAAUUGGAUGACCGCGCGUGAAAGCCUAUUAAAUAAGUUAUGUAUGUUAUGUAUGUACUUACAAGCUCCCCUCCUAAAAACAUACAUACAUACAUACAACACAUAAAUUGCUUUGAAUUUAAAAACAAAAUUGUGCCAAAAACAUUCAGCAGCAAAAGAGGUGGUCCUGCCAAAACGCCCAUCGACGUGGCAACCCUAGGCAAAUGAACUGUUUUACCUGCCCAAAACGCACAACAACAAAAAACUAAUUGAAGAACGGCAGCGAGAGAGCGAGCGGGGAGCACAACGGAUAAUUUAGUGGAAUUUUCAAAAAUAGCAAAGCCAGCAACAACAACGGCGGCAGCCAUAAUCCCCCAGCGAGAGUACAAUAAUCAAAGAUUAAAUCAGGUUUAUAUGGAAAGGGUUAGCAUGGCGCAGGAAGAAAUACACGUUUCCUAGCGCAGCAACAAAUGCAACAACAACAACAAAACACCUACAACUUAUUACUCUCACACAUGAAGGGAACGCCAGAGAGCGCGAGAGUAACUGUGUUUAUGCGGCGAAUUUCUCGAUUUAAAAAAUACAUAAGGUCUGGCUCCUGUUUACGCAUAAAGAAAUAAAAACUUUAUUAUUAUAACAGGCAGAUAAAUUAACAAAUCAUGAAGUAAUAUGAUUUGAAUAUUUUAUAAUUUAGGUGCGCUCCGGACGACUUCAUUAGACCAUGUAUACUUACUUUAUACUAAUGAAAAUCAGUAAAUUGAACAGAGAAGGUUAAGGGCGAAAUACCAAUAUUGGGCCUAUUCAAUUAAAAUAUAACUUAUUUCACACCUGAAAGUAAAUUAACGAAGAGCUGGUUUCAUGAAUUUAGUCCCAAAAAGGACUUGCCAUAAACACAGUUACUGAGAGAGUGAUAGACACAGAGAGAGAGCGACGCCGGCAGAGGCAGCAAAGAGCUCAAAUCGCUGCCGCAGCGCCCGCUUGCAUGUUUUUCGCUCAUUUUUCUUUCGUGUGUGUUGCGGCAAUGUCGUGUUUUCUCGCGGCGGUGAAAACACUCUGCAACAACAAUUGCAACAACGAUAAGAUUUUCCGUUUUUCCGUAUGGAAGCAGAAGCACUAGCGGCAUUUGUUUUGAAAGUAAAGCAAAGGCGGGCGAGUAAAACAGCGAGAAAUAUAAAAGAGAGGAAGACGGAAAAAGCAACGCCGCUGUCGACCGCGCCUCGCUGUAUGUGUGUGGUGUUGUGUUCGUGUGUGUCUGUGAGCCUACCGCCUGUCUGUGUGUAAGUGGGCGCGAACGUAAGGCCGAAAAGGAAGUGAAAAUAGUGCAAAAAGGCCAAGUAAUAAUAAUAAUAAUAAAAUAGGCAAAAAGACAGGCCCCAAAGAGACCAGACCAGUUUCAAAACGCGCCUAUUUUCAGGCUCUCUACGUGUUUAUGUGUGUGUUCGUGUGAGCAGCAACAACAACAACAACUGAAAGCGACCACAUACGGUGAAAAAGGCCUUUUUUCAAGGAGCGAAAGGCAGUGCGCGAGCGAGCAAUAAGAAUAAUAAAUUACACUUUGCUAUAAUAAGAAAAAUUUAUAUACACACGCGGGAGAGGCCCACACACACAUGUGUUUCCCUCGCUGUUAGUGUGUGGAAAAUUGUAAUAAAAUAUGAACCGCAGAAGCAGCGGGAAAACGAGAAAAACGAGAGAAAAUUUCGAAAUAUCGCAUGUGCCAUUUUAAGCUUUAAAUAAAUUAUAACGUACAGUAUUACCCUAAAUAUAAAAACAACAAAAAAAACAAUUGAACAAAAUGUCCUGCAUAUCGAGCAACUUUAGCUCCUUCUUCCUCAACUCGCUCAACGAUCCUUCAGAGUUUUCCAAGUACUUGAGCAAUGGCGAGCUGAAAUGCACUAAUUUCGAUGAAUUUCAAGUGUUUGGCUGCGGCGCAGGCGCGCCGACACAACAGCAGCAACAACAUCAGCAGUAUUCCCACACACAUUUACCCAAUGGCAGCACAGCAGCGGAUUUUCCCAAUUACGAUUCAACGGCAACGUCUCAGCGGGAAAACUCUUCUGCCGUUAACUCAGGUAGCUCUAUUAAUCCCGCACAUUAUGCCACUUCCGGCGUCUCUGCCGCGGCCGUCGUCGAUGCGUCGAGCUUAACAGCAGCGCCGACGUCGAAUCCAGGCGUCGCAGGAGCGGCAGGAUCAACCCCCUCACCACCGUCACCCCCGAGCAACCGAUGGCCCACAGCGGUGGCCACGCCCAACGGCCAUCAUCAACCCACCGCUCCAUCAGCGGGUUCGGUGCCCCAGCAUUUCGAUGGAUCCUUUGAGUUCAUUAAGUAUCUCCGGCACUCGACGGAUUUUACACCCAGCACACCAAGUAGCGCCAGUGAAUCGAGCUCGUGUCCGGAAAAGCCCGGAGGUGGAAAGCAUCAGGGAAUCGCCGCAGGCUCAACACCCCCACCGCCUGCUCAAUCGCCGGUGGCCAGCGGUCUGAUCGAUCUGGAUACCAGCACCUCGCAGAAAUCCCGCUCUGCUUCCCGAAAAGUGGCCGCUCUAUUGUCUUCCGUUUCGCGUGCUUCCAAUAGUCUGGUGGACACCAGCUCCUCCGCUUUGGAUGUCUUCGAUCACGACUCAAAGCAGACGAUCUUUGAUCUGCAGCACAUGACCUCAAAUGGAUCCUCGAACUCCAAUGAAUCCUCGCUGGAGAUGCUAGCAUUUCCCAAUUCACACCUCAAUGCCUCCAAUUCAAACACCUCAUCCGAAGGAGCGGCCUGCGGAAGUGCGGGAGAAUUUGGCGGACUGUUAACUGGAGCCAGUUGUUCCUCCUCCACGGCCUCGUCAUCAUCGCAUGCCCCGAAACUCCUUGGCAGCUUUGUGAUCAAGGAGAACUUUGAGGUGCAUCCGUCGCACAAAGUCGAGGAGGGCAUCUUUCAGCAUAUGAACAAGCUGCCAUCAAAGAAAAAGGAUACGCUGAAGCAACUGGGAGUCCGGUUCACUGGCCAGAUGACGCUAACGGACAAAUCGAUUGUGGUGGAGAACUUUAUCAAGUUCUGCGAGGAAUACGAUAUUAAGGACCAUAGGCCAUGGCUGUCGCUGAAUCAAUGCGGUCUGAACAAACCCGAGCAGAUCAAAUUCGCUCGAUAUUUGGGACAGGGACUGCCAACGUUCACGCUCUUCUGCAUUUAUAGCAAUUUUAAGAAUCUGUUCUGUACCAAACGCACGGAAAUCUACACGAAGGAUGGCUACAAUCUGCCUUAUAUACUCGACAAAACCAAGCGCUUCCUGGCCAACACAACAGCUGACCUCAAGAACAUGGCGGCGGCCAACGAUGGCUCCCUGGAGUUCGCCAGCAGCAGUGGUGGCAGCAGCAGCAACAGCAACACGAGCAGCAGCAACACGAACAUCGGCAGCAACAGCAACAGCAGCAGCAGCGGCGGCGGCAGCAGCAAUGCGGUGGCAGGAUCAGGGAUUACUCCGAAUCCGGUGGCCAUGCCAUCGGGUUAUGUGACUUCUUCGGCGGCGCAGCAGCAGCAGCAGCAGCAGCAUCAGCUAUCCAUGGAUCCCCGCUAUGGAUGUGGUGGUCCGCCGGUUCUAUUGCCGCCACCGCCGAUUCCGGCACUGGGACCACCGCCCAGAUCCCUGGAGCAACUCAUCAUCUACGAGAACUUUGACGUGCACGAAACGCACCGGAUCGAGGAUGGGGUUUGCACUCACAUUAGCCGCCUGCCGCCCAAGAAGCAGGAGCUAUUGAAACAGUUCGGUAUACAGAGUAGUAGCCAGCAAUGUCUGAGCAAUUAUGAAAAGUACAUACUCAUCGAAAACUUCAUCAAGUUUUGCAAUGAAUAUCAGAUAUCCGAUCAUCGACCCUUUUUGGACUUCCACGAGAGCGCUUUAUCCAAAUGUGAACAACUUAAAUUUGUACGAUAUCUGGGCCAGGGGUUAUCCAAUCUGACGCUAAAUAAGAUCUAUGUGGCCUUCAAGGAGCUGCUGGGCAACGGGAGGCCCGAAAAAGCUGGCAUGGAGGGCUAUAACUUAGAUACUUUGUUGAAGAAGAAGCGAAAGAACCUAUACAAUCGAAUGCAUGCAGCUGCCCCCAGCAUUGAUUUAACUGCUUAUGAGUCGGCCCAACAUAAUCCCCAAGCUCACAUGUCCGCGCCACGCCCCCAUCACGCCUUUGCCGCCCUAAACUCAGCGACGCAACGCAGCGAAGUAUGCAACGAAUUGACGCACACGGGCUUGCAGUACAGUUACGCCGGACCCCGGUAAAAACUGGCCUAACCGAGAACCCCAACCCAACCCAAACCGAAACCCAAGUAUCUGGAAUCCUCUACAGAGAUCAGAUGUGAACCCAUUAUACAUAUACAUAUACUUCUUCCUGGAACUGGACCAGUAACUGUUGUGUCUUCGAAACAUAAAAAGAAAGUAAUUUAAUCGCCGCGAGCGAAAUCAUUGAAAACUAAGUGCUAAAUUAAACAAGAGGGGGAAAGUCAAGGGUCCCCAGAUGGAAAAACGAGACACUAGUAAAAUUAGCCUAAAUGUUAACAAAAUUAAAAAAACUUAAAUCGAAUGAAAUUCAAUUAAGCCAACCAGAAAUCAACACGCAACAGGCAGGAGAAAAACUAGUUUAAGAACAAAAAAUAUUUAUACGCAAGGUAACCAUAUACAACAUAUACAUAUUACGAGUAUAUAUACACAUAAAUAUAUUUCUGUAGUUGCCAUAGCGCUUAGGGUGCAGCACACUUCCACAUGGCCAAAUCCUGGCUAGAACUAUACAAACAUAAUAGCUUCGGUUUCCUUCCAAACCAAACAUCCCCACUCCCAAUGAGCCGCAUUAGCAGUAGCCUAUAGCAAUUAAGUGACGACACCAAAAUUGAGAAAACUAAAUCAAAGACCUCCCAAAUGAAAGUUCCCUAAAUACGCAUACUAAGUAACUUGUAGAGCCUAGUUCUUAAGACGAGAGACAAAUUUUUAGCAUAGAACUGGCGAGCGGCACAGACGAUUAACAAACUAAAUAUUCCUAUAUACAAUAUACAUAUUAUACAACAAGCAGCAUCAAAUUCAAAGUGAAUAUACGCAAAAAUCAAAUGCAAAG